GUGUCUACGACUCGCUUCAAUGACCCCUUUGCUUUUAUCCCUGUAAAUGAAUCACGACUUUCAGAUCUUGUUUCUACCUCGUCCUUUCCCGUCAGCCCGCGUACUAUGCUUUCUCUUUCCGGUAACCGUAUGACGCAUUUUAAGCUAUUAGGACAAGCUAAUUCAUGUCCUUUGUCUAUCAUGCCGAAUAAUCUUCAGGCAGUGUUAGACGGUCCGAUUUCCAUGACUCCAACGUCGCCUUCGAUUUCACUGCUUAAAGAGACGGCAACAAUCUUAUUCAAACCCCGUCAUCUCUGUUCUAUUCACGAUGUUUGCCAUCUUGCUCGAACAUCAUCAAGGCAGUUCAAUAGUGAAUACCCUUCUGAAAGAAUCUCGAGUACAAUUACUGCUAAGUGA